AUGGUUUCCAAAAAAACCAAGCGAGUUGCUACUGCAGCAGCAAGAAAGGCGGCUGCACGCAUGCUUGCAGCCGGAGAGAGUAAUUAUCACACCUCAGGAGCAGGCGAUUCGUCGCCUGUUGUCGUGAAUCCUCCACGUGGUGAGUCACCACGUGCAAAAGGUACAUCCGCUGCGUCUGCAGCGGGUACCGCGAAUCGUAAUCCAGAUGAGCCUGAAAUGGAGCUCAUCUAUUCUGGCGUGUCGGAUGAUGCAUCCGACUCGAAGGCGACACAUCACGCCUCGGGAUCACCCGGGGCGGACACUGCAAGAGCCAAGUUGACUGGCUAUGGUCAACGCGGCGGCAUCAUGCUCGAAAUCUUCGGAUCGAGCGAUUGUUUCGACGAAUACUCGCCUCAAGCGAGCCCAUCCAACGAUAGGACGCGUGGGAAUGGUGGUGAUGCACCUAUACAUCACCACGAGCGAAGUAGCUCGAGGGAUCGAGGUGUCACUGGUGUCAGCGCUCAUGCUGGCACCAAUUAA